AUGUCACCCCCAUCCUGGGUUUAUCCGGCCGUAGCCGCGUCCACCUGGCUAGCAAUGCUACUCACUAUGCUAGGACACUGGACUGUGAUCGGUGAACCGAGAUAUGGCUUGAUGAAGCCUGGUCAGAAUAUCCCAUUCAUUUCAGAUAUUGGAGCCCAGGAAUUAAAGCCAUUAUUCAUGAUCGGAUCUAUCACCACAGUCCUCCUUUUAAACCUCUCUUUUUACCGACAUGUUCAAAACAAGUCAUACAUCAGCAAAGCGUGCACGCAUGGUUCAUUCUUUUUCACAGUCGUCGGGAGUAUCGGCUUGAUUAUGCUCUCAGUCUUGGAUAACAUCGCUCACCAUUUCAUGCACGAUGUCUGCGUGACGAUCUUUAUUGUGGGGUUCCUACUCAGUGCGGCCUUGAUGUGUUUGGAUUAUAUCUACCUUGGAAUUGCACAUGCUCUACGGCAGCCUAUGCUCAUGACGAGCUUCGUUAUCAAAUCCUCGUUCAUUGUCGUCGAACUUGCCCUCAUUAUCGUCUUCCGCAUCACCGAGCAUACCCACUACCAGCAGAACAACACGGCAGCAACUCUUGAAUGGGUCAUCGCCUUUGUCUUCACUGGGUAUAUUCUUUCUUUGAUCGUCGAUCUUAUGCCGUCCGCCCAAAGGAAUCUCCACAAUCCAAAAGGUUAUCAACAACUUGAGAUGAGCACGGGCUUGGGCACGGGCUUGCUUCCUUAG